UUAUUUAACGAUAAAUCCAUUUUCUAGAAAUGUUCAAAAACGAGCUUAUAUAAAGCAAAAUCAUAUCCUUCAAUACAACAUCCUAAUGCAUACCCCAACACAAACCAUGGCUUCCACGUUACUCUUCCUUCUCCUAACCGCCACAACAGCCAUUGCAUCUCCAAACAUCAUCCACUUGCUCAGGCCACAUUCCGGCUCCGGCGGCCACAAGCAUUCCAAUCUCAACUGCUUGAGCUGGCGGCUGGCCGUCGAGACAAACAACCUCCAGAAAUGGACCCAAGUCCCCCAAGCAUGCGAAGACUAUAUCGGUCAUUACAUGCUCGGAAAACAAUACCGCCGGGAUUGUGACCUUGUCGCCGCCGAAGCCUAUGAAUAUGCGAAAGCCCUCAACCUCACCGGAGACGGAAAGGACGUUUGGGUGUUCGACAUUGAUGAAACUACGCUCUCUAAUCUCCCAUAUUACGCUCGCGACACCGUUGCCUUCGGGGCAAUACCGUUUAACUCGACGGCAUUCAACGCUUGGGUGGUGGAAGCAACGGCGCCGGCGAUACCUGGGUCUCUUAAACUGUACAAAAAGUUGUUAAAAUUAGGGUUGAAGAUCGUGUUUCUCACCGGAAGCGAGGAGAUUUACAUGGAAGCCCGUGUGAAAAAUUUGAAGGCAGUUGGUUAUACUACGUGGGAAAAGCUAAUCAUGAAGGGGGUUGGGGAAGGAAGCGGAGUUGUGUACAAAUCGAAGAAAAGGAAAGAGUUGGAGGAGGGUGGAUAUAGGAUUCGUGGGAAUAUGGGAGAUCAAUGGAGUGAUUUACUUGGAAGCAACGCCGGUGAUCGGACGUUUAAAGUUCCCGAUCCUAUGUACUACAUCGGAUAGCUGGCUUUUUUGCUUGAGAUUUGAACCGAGGUUUCAAGACUCGUUCAAGCAAACUCUAUUUGAUUUAAUAAAGGCUUAAUAAAUUGUUUGUUAUGUAUGUUGUCUAGUUUAAUCAAUAAAGUGUCUUUUUAAUC